ACCGUGAGUCAGAUAACCACAAGGAACCGAAGAAAACUUGCGAUUUCCUCUCUGUCACGAUGGUCAGAAGAAGUGCGAGGAAGAACCAGCUCUGAAAGACUCUUGCAAAUCUUAACCGGAGGGCGACGUGGCAAAAAUCGACGGAAAAAGGGCUGGCUUGCCCGGAGGAUCUCCCUUCCGGCGAUAAGUGAUUCUCUCGCUUUUUCCCCCUGACUUGAAUUAGCUCCGGCCGCCCGAUCUUCUUUCUGGUCUACGGCUUCGCUGUUUCGGCGACUCGGUUUAGGGAUUUCAGUCUGGAGCUCUGCGCCUGGGCAGUUACUGGACGAAUUGGUAGGGGAGCUGGUUAAUCGUUUGUCUCGGUGAGCUUUAUCGAGAUGGAUUUGGUUUCUGGAUACAAGGGUAUGGUUGGGCUUGUUUUUGGCAACGAGAAUUCGUCUUCAAAUGAAGAUAGCUAUGUGCAACGGUUGCUGGACCGAAUCAGCACUGGUUCAUUGGCAGAGGAUAGGAGAUCAGCCCUGAUUGAGCUUCAAUCAGUUGUGGUAGAAAGCCGUGCUGCACAGCUAGCAUUUGGGGCUAUGGGAUUUCCUGUUUUGAUGGGCGUCUUAAAGGAUGAGAGAGAUGAUGUUGAAAUGAUUCGAGGUGCCCUCGAAACUAUUGUAGGAGCGUUGACUCCUCUAGAGCAAUCAAAAGGAAAGAAUGAGGUCCAACCAGCACUAAUGAAUACGGAUAUGCUCUCACAUGAAGCUGAAAACAUAUCCUUGCUUCUGAGUUUAUUGUCAGAAGAGGAUUUCUAUAUACGUUAUUACACUCUUCAAAUCUUGACAGCUCUUCUAAUGAAUUCUCCGAAUAGGUUACAGGAAGCAAUUUUGACCAUUCCUCGGGGCAUCACUCGACUUAUGGACAUGUUGAUGGACCGAGAGGUUAUACGAAAUGAGGCUUUGCUGCUUCUUACUUACCUGACUCGUGAAGCUGAGGAGAUUCAAAAAAUUGUGGUCUUUGAAGGUGCGUUUGAGAAGAUUUUUAGUAUUAUUAAAGAUGAAGGAGGCUCUGAAGGUGGUGUUGUUGUACAGGACUGUCUGGAAUUAUUAAACAACCUUCUGCGAAACAAUACUUCGAAUCAGAUACUGCUGAGAGAGACCAUGGGAUUUGAUGGUUUAAUUUCAAUGUUGAGGCUGAGAGGGCGUGCCUACAGCUUCACCCAACAGAAGACAAUUAAUCUACUAAGUGUUCUUGGGACAAUUAAUUUGCUAUUGGUGGGAGGUUCUGAAGCUGAUGCGGGAAAAGAUGCAAAUAAGCUGACAAAUAAAACUGUCCUGGUUCAGAAAAAGGUUAUUGAUUAUCUCUUACUGUUGGGUGUGGAAAACCAAUGGGCUCCAGUUGCUGUCCGUUGUGCUGCAUUGAGGUGCAUAGGUGACUUGAUCGCUGGGCAUCGAGGGAAUCUAGAUGCUCUUGCUAGCAAAGUUCUAGGGGAGAAUCACCAAGUUGAACCUGCUCUGAAUUCUAUUCUCCGAAUCAUUUUGCGGGCGUCCAGCAUGCAGGAGUUCAUUGCAGCUGACCAUAUUUUUGAAAGAUUUUGUGAGGGGAAUUGUGAUGGUCAAUCAAUGUUAGCUUCAACAUUAAUCCCUCAGCCAUAUUCAAUGACUCAUGCUUCCAUUGACGAGGAUGUGAACAUGUCAUUUGGCAGUAUGGUUUUGCAUGGUCUUACUUCGAGUGAAACUGAUGGCGAUCUCGAUACUUGUUGCAGGGCUGCUAGUGUCCUGUCAUAUGUACUCAAGGACAACAUGCAGUGCAAGGAAAGGGUUCUAAGGAUAGAACUCGAGUCAUCCUCAGGAGCCUUGGGACAUUCAGAGCCAUUGAUGCACCUGAUGGUGAAAUAUUUAGCUCUUGCAUCAGGAACGAAACACAAAGAAAGCAAAUCGAACACAUCAGGGAACUCAUACAUUCAACCAAUCAUCUUGAAGCUGCUUGUCACUUGGCUUUCUGAUUGCCCGCCAGCAGUCAAUUACUUCCUCGAUCUCCGCCCUCACUUAUCAUAUCUGCUCGAGCUGGUCUCAGAUCAGUCCGCAACUGUAUCCACAAGAGGCUUAUCAGCAAUUCUCCUGGGAGAGUGUGUUAUCUACAAUAAGUCUAGUGAAUCUGGAAAAGAUUCUUAUGCUGUCGUCGACGCCAUAAGCCAGAAGGUUGGGCUGACGUCAUACUUCCUAAAGUUUGACGAAAUGAAGAAGAGCUUUCUUUUCUCCGCCGAAAAAUCCACCGCACCUUCUCAUAAACCAUUAUCGAGAUCAGCCGCUGCUAGUAUGGCAGAGAUUGAAGAUGUUGAUGAGCAGCUAUCAUCCGAUCAGCAGGGCGAGGAUCAUCCAAUUCUCUCGUCAAUGUUCGAUUCUGGUUUUGUCAACUUUGUAAAGAGAUUGGAAUCUGAGAUUCGUGAGAACAUCGUUAACAUCUACAGUCUGCCAAAGACCGAGGUGGCAGUUGUGCCGGCAGAUAUGGAGCAGAAGACUGGAGAAUCUGACAAGGAGUAUAUCAGACGGCUGAAGUCAUUCGUGGAGAAACAAUGCUCUGAGAUACAGGAUCUUCUUGGGCGGAAUGCAACAUUGGCUGAGGAUCUGGUGAAGAUAGGUGGGGGCGAGUCAUCUUACUCUGACCAAAGAGCUACCACAGGAUCCGAAAGGGUACAGACUGAAACUCUCCGACGAGAUCUCAAGGAAGCACACCAAAGGAUUGAGAUGCUGAAGAAUGAAAACACGAAGCUUGAAUCAGAAGCAUCAAUGUACCAGAACUUAGCCGGCAAAGUUGAGUCUGACCUUAAGAGCCUCUCCGACGCUUACAACAGCCUCGAACAGGCCAACUUCCAGCUCGAGAAGGAGGUGAAGGCUCUAAGAACCAGCGGAGGAGGAGGAGGUGUUUCCGCAGUAGAUGUAGAGGCAGCAAAGGCUGAGGCGAGAGAGGAAGCUCUGAAGGAGAGCGAAGGGGAGCUGAACGAUCUGCUGGUGUGCCUGGGCCAGGAGCAGAGCAAGGUGGACAAACUCAGCUCGAGGUUGAUGGAGCUUGGUGAGGACGUCGAUACACUGCUGGAAGGAAUCGGCGAUGACGUGGGAUUGCCAGAAGGCGGUGAAGAUGACGAUGAGGAAGAUGCUGACUGAUAAGGGGAUGUUUCGCUUUCAGUUUCUUUUUUCCCUCCAGUUUUUGUUAGUGUCGUUGCUAUGUGUCCGUAUAACUAAUUUGCAGACUGAAAAUGUGAUGAUUGGGGUACUGUACGCUGCUGCCUCUAUUGGGUUGAAUUGUACAGUUUUUCUUACUUCAUUUUCUUCAUACGCUCUGCCGAAGUUAUUAACUAUUGUCUGUUGUUUUUUCCUCUGUCAAACAUGGUUGCCAAUACUUUGAUAGGCUUUGAUUAUGUGCAACCGAAGUCAUGCUUUGCAGCAGAAGUGGCUUAAGGGGUGGACUUUGUUGUCGUUGACUGAUUGUGAGAUUCAGGAUAGAGUUGGAUGAAGUCGAACUCUCUGGCUAAUAUAAUAAUAAUCUGUGUAUUUAUGUGAAGAUAUUCCGUGAAAGGUAGAUAGAUGUUGAUGGUGGUGUCUACAAUAAUGAUGGCACCCACCUACAUAAGGUACAUUACUACAUCUCCAUUUUCAGAAGUAAGAAAAGGGCAAACAGACAAAAAGGGAGGCGGGACGUGGGGGAGAAUGCAACUAGGCGAAGAAGAAGCGGCGUCAUGGCAAUGUCUCCAGAACAAAUCAUCAUGUGAAAGCGAAAAUCUAACUAAGGGGCCAUUUACUGAAAUGGUCACUCAACUUGGAUCUUAACCAAACAUUGACAUUCAAGUUUGACAUAACUAGCACUGUAAUCAUUCUGUUUGGUUUUGUAUAAACUUACCUAGAUCGAGAGACUCCGAUGAGAUAAACAGGACGAACCAUUUUGGUGCAUAAUCGAUCCAAUGCAUGUUUGUUAUUUGAACAACCCCCCCCCCCCCCCCCCCCCCCCCCCUAAUUUCAUGCAAAUUAUCUUUUUGACGGGUGCCUCACAUUUGGGGGAGGGUGGAAGAGUAGGAGUCGAGCUUUACGAGUGUUCGUAACUAGGAUUUCUGUAUUCAAAGUGUGAUGCCUCGCAGCUAUUCAAUCAAACAUUAUUAUGAGUUGUUUGGAUGAGUGAAUCAAAAGAUGUGAGACAAUAGUUCAUUUUGUUCACAUAACGUUCACGUAUUAUCCGUGGACAAUCCACUACAUGUGUUUUUCUAGAUAAAUAGUGCAUAUGCUCACAUCCAAACAACUCAUUAGAAACAACUCUAAUAUGUUCAACCACUUUUCGUCCCCUCUCUCUGUCGGGCAAUAGUGUUUAUAAGACGGUUCUAUUGAAUGAGCGAGUUCACUGAUCCGAACGACUCUGACAGGCAAACCGGAUGAAAUGGAUGAAGUGACUAUAUUAGGUUAGUAACUCCUCAUUCUUAAUACAAAUUUGUUAGGAAAUCAAAGUUCAGUGACUGAUUUCUUAAAGUCCUGAUAAUUAGAUGACCAAUUGACCCCAAAAAAAGGAAUGCUGUUGUACUUGUACAGACGUCAGCAGAAUACAGGGCGGGAAAGCGGGAACAACAUUCCAGCGCGGGAGAGCAAACCACUGAAUCAUCUCCUUCAUUUCGUAACAACCCCUCUCCCUCAUUCAUCUCUUUCAAUCUGAUCGCCUCCUCAAUCGGCCUGUAGAAUUAAAGCCGGCCCCUUCAAAGAAAUCGAAACCGAACGAACUCACAAAGAAAGGAUCAGAAGAAAACCCAAAACGGCUGUUGGCCCCUUACCCCCUUCUCCUAGAUUGGGCAAUGGAUCAUCACUAAUAUUUGGAUUAGCAUUCAAUUGCUAAUAAAAUUUGAAAUUAAGA